GCCCUGCAACUCUUGAGACCACGUGAUUUCUGGGAACCGGACCUCCCUGGAGGAGAACUGAAACUUAGGGCGGGGACUAUAGGAAGGGGCGGAGAGAUUACGAAGCCGCCUAGCCAAGGAACUAAGCUGAGGUUCUCCGAGCCCUGGGACGGACUGGACAGCAGCUCAGGAUGGCAUCAGGCAGGGUGCGCUGUACCCGAAAACUCCGCAACUGGGUGGUGGAACAAGUGGAGAGCGGGCAGUUCCCAGGGGUGUGCUGGCACGAUACAGCUAAGACCAUGUUCCGGAUUCCCUGGAAGCAUGCAGGCAAGCAGGACUUCCGUGAGGACCAAGAUGCUGCCUUCUUCAAGGCCUGGGCAAUAUUUAAGGGAAAGUACAAGGAAGGGGACACAGGAGGCCCUGCUGCCUGGAAGACUCGCCUGCGCUGUGCCCUCAACAAGAGUCCCGAAUUUGAAGAGGUUCCUGAGAAUGGCCGUAUGGAUGUUGCUGAGCCCUAUAAGGUGUAUCGGCUACUACCGCCAGGAACCCUCUCUUCCCAACCAGGAACCCAGAAAUCACCAUCAAAGCGACGCUACAGUUCUGUGUCCUCUGAGAAGGAGGAGGAAGAGGGUGCCAUGAAGAACUGCGUACACAGUCCCUCCUUGUUUCAGGACCCCCUUGAUAAUGAAGAGGUAGGAGCCACUGGGGGAUCAUCCCAUUCAGACAGCAGCAGCAGCAGCAGCAGCGGCAGCAGCAGCAGCAGCCACAGUCCUGAGCCACAGGAAGGUGCAGACACAACUGGGGCCCCCUUUCAAGGGGAUCAGGUGUCUCCGGAGUUUCUGCUCCCUCCGGAGUCAGACUACUCGCUGCUGCUCACCUUCAUCUACAGCGGGCGCGUGGUGGGUAAGGCCCAGGUGCAGAGCCUGGACUGCCGCCUUGUGGCUGAGCCCUCAGGUUCUGAGAGCAGCAUGGAGCAAGUGGUGUUUCCCAAGCCUGACCCACUGGAGCCCACACAGCGCCUGCUGAGCCAGCUUGAGAGAGGUGUCCUGGUGGCAAGCAACUCCCGAGGCCUCUUUGUGCAGCGCCUUUGCCCCAUCCCGAUCUCAUGGAAUGCACCGCAGGCCCCCCCUGGGCCAGGCCCACAUCUGCUGCCCAGCAACGAGUGUGUGGAGCUCUUCAGAACCGCGUCCUUCUGCAGAGACUUGGCCAAUUACCUCCAGGGCCUGGGCCCCCAACCCAAGUUCCAGGUAACACUGAAUUUCUGGGAGGAGAGCCCUGGCCCCAGCUAUAUGUCACAGAAUCUUAUCACAGUGCGGAUGGAGCAGGCCUUUGCCCGACACUUACUGGAGGAGACUUCAGAGGAACAGGCAGCCAUUCUGUCCCUGAUGUAGAGCCUGGGGACCCACCUUCCACCUCACCUCUCUGUUCCUCCUAUCUCCUUUGAAAUAGACUCAUUCUCCACCCUGUUGACCAACCCGCUUCCUUUGUGAUAAUUCUCAGUGGUUGACUGUGAUAGUUAUGUCCUUGAGCUCUUCACGCACGCUGGCUGGUGGAGAACUCAAGGAUAAUUUUUUUAUUUUUUUGUAAAAAAAUCUUUGAGGUAAACUGUCUUUCAUCUCUGAGGAACUGGGAAAUUCCAAAUAGUAUGAACUCAGGGGGCCUUUCCCUUUUCCCCUAAUCCCCAACUCUAAAGCCAAGCACUUUAUAUUUUCCUCUUAGAUCUUCACUAAGGAUUUAAAAUAAAAUGUUACUGAAAGAG